AGAUCAGCCCUAUAAAUGGCGGCCCCCGCCCUCCCGUCCUUCCUCAGGCAAAGCAACAAGGACAACCCACAGAGCAUCAGCCGGAGCACUUCUUCCUCCCCUCCGUUCUUCUCCGGCUCCGGUGCUCUCGUACGCGCGUUCGUCCGAGACCACCACCUCGACCAAGAAGAGAUGGAGAUGAAGAAGAUCGCCUGCGCCGUCCUUGUCGCCGCCUCCGCCACCGUGGCCCUCGCCGCCGAAGCCCCGGCCAUGGCCCCGGCCCCCGGCGCCGCCGUCGCCGGCUCCGCCGCCGCAGCCGUCCCGGCCGUCGGCGCCGUGCUCGGGGCCACCGUGCUCUCCUUCUUCGCCUACUACCUGCAGUAAGCGCGCCCCGGCCCGAGUCAGUUCGCUGCGAGGAGGAGGAAGGCAGGAAGAAGAAGAUCACUAAUUCGCUAUGUAUGGCUCUACGCUACGCUGAUUCGAGGCACGCGCGUGCGCUUUGAUCGAUGCAUGCGCGUGCUUUGAUUUAUAUGUCUUGAUUUUAUUUUGUUUCUCCUCCUUUUGGCGAAUCCAUUUGCACCGGUCCGAUACAUCUGGUGCUUUAUUAUUGUUCUGUUCUUCCUUUUGAGAGAGGGCUCGAUGGAUAUUGUAUUAUUAUUUGCCAUUUCUUUGGCCUGAUUAAUUUAAAGAUCGGAUUCAAUCA